AUGGACAACAGCGUGACCCCCGUGUACCUGGCAGCUCAGGAGGGCCACUUGGACGUCCUACAGUACCUGGUGGAGAGUGCCGGCGGACGUCUCGACCUCAGGGCCAAGGACGGCAUGGCACCCUUGCACGCGGCGGCGCAGAUGGGGUGCCUCAACUGCCUCAAGUGGAUGAUAACCGAACAAGGCGUGGACAUCAACCUGCGAGACGGAGACGGCGCGACGCCCCUGCACUUCGCCGCCUCCCGAGGACACGUGGAAACCGUCCGCUGGCUCCUGAAGAAGGGCGCCUCCGUGUCCCUCGACAAGUUCGGCAAAAGCCCCAUCAACGACGCCGCGGAUAACGACCACAUGGAGGUCCUGCAGCUCCUCGUCCAGCAUGGCACAGCGCCGGACUACGCCACGGACUCAGACUCGACGGACUCUGGCUCGCACCACCACCACUGCACCUGCCACCAGAGCAGCCGCUCCAAGAGAAAGGGUUCCGAGUGCUCACUAACCGGAUCGGAUUCCUGUACAUCUUCGUGCGAAAGUGACUGUCACAGCUCUGGCAACAGUUCAGACUCUGGCGUACAUCACGAACCAUUUUAUUUGCAUCCACCGACUGCAACGGAGAGUGAAAGCAAACAAAAGAACCAAAAGAACUCCUUCUUCCUCAAUCCGCUUACGGAUCUAAAAGAAGCUUCUGAUAAAUACAACAAAGAUAAGAUAGAGAAGGCAAAGUCUGGUGACAGCAGUGAUGAGAAGUCACAAGAGCCAUUCUAUCUACACAAACCAGAGGCUGCGACUUACCAACCUAACCGUGUACAAGAGCUCUUUGGUACCAAGAGCGUGAGAAACAGCGUGAAGCAGAUCGAAAGUAAGAAUCAGUCUGGAAAGAAAACCAAAUCCACAGAAAACGGAUCCCCUGGAGAACGCAGAGAAAGCGGAUCCUCCAGCGGUUCCGUCAAAGAAAAUGGGAAUUUUAGCAGAAACUCUAUUAGACGAAGCGAGAAGAAGAAUGGAGCGUUUGAGUAUUCUAGUGUGAACUCCGACAAGAAGAAAGGAAAGGUCAACUAUGAAGACAGAAAAUUGCCCAAGAUACCAUCAACAUCCCAGGCUGUCACAUCCUCAUUUAAAGGUAAUGGACUUAAGUUCAAGAUACAUCUUUACGGUUUUAUAAAGCACGUUUAUUUGACACAGCUAGAAGUUUGA